AUGGACAGUAGCCACGACGCCCCGACUCCCUCCAGAGGUGGGCGAUGGCGCACACAAUGGACACACACAGCCGUCAUGUGUGUGUGUGGUGAUGGGGUGUGUGGUGCAGGUGGGCGGGGCGACCUGUCAGACGAUAGCUUGCGAGAUGUCAUAGAUCAGAUCCAAUCGGUGAGGGAGGGAGGGAGGGAGGGAGGGAGGGAGGCGCCACACCGACCAUUCAUUCACUGUGCUGUCUGCCUGUCUGUUUGGUUGCCUUCAGAUCGCAAGUGAGAUGGCCGCGCCGGCUCGGCGGGCGAGGGAGCUGAUCCAACGCAACCAACACAACGACACACAGGUCCGUCUGCACGAGUGCCGCAUCCCUCUCUCUCUCUCUCUCUCUGUCGUGUGUGUUGCCGUCGACAGGUUUGUGCGUCGGCGGCUGGCCGUCGGCUGUUGGGUUUUCUGACGAACCUCACCGACACCCACUCGGCCCUCAGCAAUGAGCUGACACAGACGCCCACUAACCACAACAAACACAAACGCGUAAGGCUCCACUGACCACUGGAUGGCACACACAAGCCGGCCACUCCUCUGUGUGUCUGUCUAGGUGUUUGUUUAUGUCAGCGAAUGGAUGUCGACGGCGGGGCGUCUCAGUGGGGGGCGGGCGGUGCUGUGGGACCGAAGGAGACCGACAGCAACAAACAGCAUAGCAACGAGGUGCGCACAAGUCCACACCCACAAACAGACAGACAGAGAGACAAAGGAGCUCAUUGGUGUGUGUCGCUGGUCAGGUGCCUGCUGAUGACGGCGGCGCCAAGAAGCGUGGACGCAUAGACAUCAGCCAUACUGCUGCUGCUGCUGCUGAUGGUGGUGGUGAUCGUGAUGGACACAGUGGAGGUACGCAAAGCAUCGGCUGCUGUUGGUGGACUGCAUAUCAUCAUGACCCUCCUGUGAUGUUGGUGCCUUAAGGUGGCUCGGUUGGUCCGGGUGGUGCUGCGGCAGCGACACAGCAGCAACAGGGAGGUGCCACCUCACUGCCGGCAGAUCUGACGGGCCCCACCCAGUAGCAGCACCCCGUGUGGUACGUCUGCGCCCACCGCGGCAGCGAUUUUCUGCUGCGGGAUGUGCUGCGUCUGAGGAAGACCUGCAUAUAGGCGAAAGGCCUCUUCGGAGCGCCUCAGCUGUGGCAGCGGCUCAGCCAUUCGCUCGGCACACAGGCGGGGCUGCGGCGGACGGCCAACGGACAGCAGCUGCUGACAUUCGCCGACCAGCAGCAGAUGGGUGUGGCUGACCUGCUGGCGGCGCUGUGCGUGAUGGAGGCGGGCGGCUGGAGUGAGAUGAGCGAGGCGAUUGAGCUGGCGGGGCAGUGCGGCAAUUGCCAGCUGCCUGUGAGGCUCACUGCCGCUGAUCUGCACCAAUACCCAAACAAGGCGGUAAGCCAACCGAGGGAGGGAGGGAGAAAAGGAUGGCUUUCAUUCGGUGUGUUGUGUGUGCAGGCGUAUUCGGCCGCUCCCCGUGUCUUGGCUCAGCUCAAGAUGGUCGGCCCCCACAUCCACUUCGGCGACGGCGUGACCUUCCAGCUGUUCCAGCACGGCAACAGACUGAGGGCCAUCAAGGACCAGAUCGGCCUCGAGAUCGACAUCAAUCCGCCUCUCCCUGCCAACCACCCCAUCCAACAGCACAGACAGCUGCAUGACCCGCCCGUCCACAGCAACAUGACAUACGUCCCGCCACUGGGCUGGAUGUCGCUGGCUGCUUCUCGGGUCUACUCAUCUGUGUCGUCGUUUGUCAAGAGAAUCGCCAUCAACCACUUCGCGGCCACUCAUCAGUACAACAAGACUAGCGGUCGCAUCGACAGGUCAGGGCGGGGCAUCACUUUGCGUGUGCACUGUCACGACACACACGAGUGUAUGUUAUGUGUGUGUGUAUGUGUGUGUGUGUCAGGGAUGUCGACAACAGCCGGCUAAUCACCUUCGUGACACAGUCCUCGCACACACCAGUGGAGGGAUGCACCACCACCUCCACAUCGUACCGCUCCACUGACGGAUUCACUUACCGCCGUCUCGUGCUGACCGACGCCAGCCACUCGUUCGUCGCAUGA